AUGGCGGAGUUCGCGCUUGGGCUGACCAAGAUGGCGGUGGAGGGGACGGUGAGCAGGGUCAAGCUGGCGAUAGAGGAGGAGGGGAAGUUGAGGGUGAGGGUGGAGAACGACCUGGUGUUCAUCACCGGCGAGUUCCAGAUGAUGCAGUCCUUGCUCAAAAUGGCCAACGUGAAGGGUGCCAAGAACGAAGUGGUCCGGACCUGGUUGAGGCAGGUUCGCGACCUGGCCUUCGACGUCGAGGACUGCAUCGAGUUCGUCGUCCACCUGGACAAGAAGUCGGCCUGGGGGUGGCUGCGGCGGUUGGGGCGCAUGGUGGUGUCCUGCAAUGCACCGCCUCUGCCCCUGGACCAGGCGGUCGACGACAUAAGGCGGCUCAAGGCCAGAGUCGAAGAUGUGAGCCAGAGGAACACACGCUACAACCUCAUCGUCAGUGACGACUCCGGCUCCGGUUCCGGCUCCAACUCCAAGGCAGUGUCGAUGCAGGCCACCCCCGGUGCAGCAGCAGCAGCAGCAGCAUUCCGCACCCUAAGAGAAGUGUGGGAGGUCACCGGCAAGUGGCGCAGCACGGGCGACCUGCAGAAGUUGGUCAUGGCAUCCUUAUUCAGCAAGAUGUACAACGACCCAGCCAUCUCUGGAGAGUUCAGAACACGCGCUUGGGUGAAGCUGAUGCAUCCUUUCAACCCCGAUGAGUUUCUCAAGUGUUUGCUUAGUCAGCUCCACGCCUGCUCUCACCAAAUGGACAUAGAUAUGGGCUUCUGGAGAAGGAUGAAAGUAGCCAUGGCUGAGGAGGAAGAUGGUCUCACCAAGGCCAAACUCAUGCAGGAAGUCAUGAGCAGGCACAGGUAUCUCAUUGUCCUGGAGGAAGUAUUCUCUGUGAUAGAGUGGAAUGUCAUCAAAAUGUACCUGCCAGACAGUGAGAAUGGUAGUCGGAUCGUUGUGUCCACAAGGCAGUUAGAGGUUGCACUUCUAACCACAGGGAAGCCGUACCAAGUAUCAGAGCUUAAACACUUCUCCGAUGAUCAAUCUCUUUGUGCCUUUUCCAAGAAGUAUGGUCGUCGCAGUGGUAAGGGUGAACUUAUUUGGCAAAUAAGAUGCCGUGGUGUGAUUUCCGUGUUUGGGAAUGAUGCUAUCAAAACAACUCUUGUCAAUAAAGUGUACACAAGAAUAGUGCAUAAGUGGAAACAACUCGAAGGAUUGGAAUUUGAACGGCACAGCUGGGUCGAUGUACCCGUUCCGUUCAAUUUGGAGGUCUUCUCUCGGCGCUUACUUCUCAGCUUAUGUUCAGAAGACCAUAUCUCUGAAGAAAUUGCAGCGAUUGGUGUGAUGAGAGACCCAUGCCUCACUGAGGAGUGCUGCAAGUUUCUUCAUGAACUUGACUGCCUCCUCGUUAUCAAUGGUCUACAGUCCACGCAUGAUUGGGACUCGAUAAAAGCUGCCUUUUUAUCCGAGCCUACCAAAGGCUGCAUCCUUGUCAUUACGAAUGAAGCAAGUGUUUCCACACAUUGUGCACAAGAGGAAGGUGCAGUUCUGAAUAUGGAAGAUAUGAAAGCCGACGUUAUGCUUCGUCCAUUGCUAAAGGGUUCUGAACAUUGUGAAAGGGGAGGCGUUGGGCUAGAUGACAGGGGUCGCCCUUUCUCUGUCAGAAGGGAACAGUCACGUGAAUGGUUGAGGCAGUUCGGACCGUAUUGCCGUAAAAUGGAUGAGUUAGAUCUAUGUUUACGAAAUCCUGGUGUUAUCUCGUUGUGGGGGCCUGGUGCUGGGAAAUCAGCUCUCAUCAGAUGGAUGUACUGGAUGUACUACGACACGAUGGUUAGAUCUGAAGCUUCUUGGGAAUCAGGAUAUGAAAAGCAGCCGAUUAAUUUACCUGAUAGAACUGAAAAGUUUAGCUGGGUCCAUGUGCCCCAUCCUUUCGAUUUGACAGAAUUCUCUUGCCGCUUAUUGUUGGAUUUUCAUUCGGAUGAUCAUCGAUCUAAGAAAACUGCAGCACUUAGUAUGAUGGAAGAAGGGCAAGACUCAACUGAAGAGUGUUGCAAGUUUCUGUGUAAAUACCAAUGCUUGGUUGUUAUUGAUGGUAUUCAGUCCACGCAUGAGUGGGACACGAUAAAAGUUUCCUUCUUAUCCAAGCCUAUGAAAGGGUCUAUUGUUGUUAUUACAGAUGAAGCAACUGUUGCCACGUAUUGUGUAAACCACGAAGAACACAGAGUGAUAAAGGUCAACAAUAAAGAUUUGGACGGGGCCCCUAGUCCCCCUGUUAAGGAUUGUCCUUCUCACUUAUUUUCCAAUAGAAGGGGAGAGGCACGUAACUGGACCAACAAAUAUAGACUUCUUGGGCAUCAGAAUGGAUCGGCUCAUCUACUUUCCCGUGGCGUAAGGUACUCAUGUCCUGGUGUGACCUCGGUGUGGGGCAUUGCUGGUAUUGGGAAAUCAAUUGUCGUCAGAAGUGUGUACUGCCACUUGAUGCUCGUGGAGCAAUGGUUGAAAUAUAGAGAGCACCAAGUCCACGUUUUGGUUUGGAAUUGCCCGAAUUUCACCAUGUACAGCUGGGCCGAUGUGCCCCAUCCAUUCAAUUUGACAGAUUUGUCUUGGCGGUUACUUCGUGAUUUUUAUUCAGAUGAUCUUGACGCUAAAAGCACAGCAGCAAUCGGUAUCAUGGAAGGCCAAGACCCAAUUCAAGAGUGCCGAAGAUAUCUCCGAGAACACAGAUGCCUUGUUGUUAUUGACGGCCUACGGUCCAAAGAUGACUGGGAGUUGAUAAAAGCUGCCUUCUUGCCCGAUUCGACCAAAGCCUGUAUUGUUGUGAUUACAAAUGAAGAAAGUGUGGCCAGGCAUUGUGUUGAUAAUAAGGAACACCAAUUGGUCAACGUCAAAGGUCUAGAAGCUGAUAGGGCCCUAGAUCUCUUUAAAGAGGGGGAUCGAUUACCCCAUAUUCAAAUCCUUGCCACUUUUUACCAACAAAUACUAGUAAAGAAAACAAAAAUUAGAGGUGGGCAGGCUGUCCACCAAAAAAUUAUAUCUUUCCCGAUACUUCAACCCCACGGCCUAUGUAACACCCCAAAACCUCCCUACCUAAGAUGCCACCACAAAAGAUAG